AACUGCUGGUAAAGAAGGGCAUGGGCUUGUGCCUGGGUUUACAGCUUUAGUUCUGAAUGAGAGAAUAAAGUAAAGCGAUAUUGAGAGCAAGGAGGGAAAACAAACACAGUCAUAAGCCUAUAAAAGUCUUAGCUGAUUGCAAUGGCAAGCAUCCCGCUGGCGACAGUGACCUUGAAUGAACUAGGUGGGAUAAAGUCACCAGCCUGGAGUGACGGCUGAAGAACCAGGCUGGAUUCCAGCGGACCGAGUGAGAGAGCAGAUUCCUGACAAGACUCUCCCGAGCUCCGGCAAUGGCUUCUUGGUGUCGGAAAUGUGGACAACAGGUGCCCAGGAAUCCACCCUUCACUGGCGUCCGAAUAACAGAAGGAGAAAUGAAAUCUUACCACGAUUUUAUAGGAAGGUGCAUUAAACUGGAGAGCAUGGCAAAGAAAGAUGAAAUCAUGCAGCAGGAGAUACGACCGCUGGUUGCAGUGGAUAUAAUAGAGCAACUCCACAGGCAAUUUGCCAUCUUAUCAGGAGGAAGAGGGAAGGAUGGGGCACCCAUUAUAACCUUCCCAGAAUGUGCAGGAUUCAGCGACAUACCCGACGAGGAUUUUCUGAAUGUGGUCACGUAUCUAACCAGCAUUCCCAGUCUUGAGGCUGCCAGCAUCGGAUUCAUCAUCAUCAUAGACAGACGACGGGACAAAUGGAGCGCAGUCAAGGCAUCGCUGACACGAAUAGCAGGCGCGUUUCCAGGAAACCUGCAGCUGGUGUUUGUCCUGCGGCCCUCCCGCUUUAUCCAAAGGACAAUCGCUGACAUCGGCAUUAAACUCUAUCGGGAUGACUUUAAAAUGAAGGUACCGAUCAUCAUGCUGAAUUCGGUCUCGGAUCUGCACGGGUACAUUGACAAGAGCCAGCUGACACGCGAGCUGGGAGGAACCCUGGAGUACGGCCACAGCCAGUGGAUCCACCACCGAACCGCUAUUGAAAACUUUGCAAUGACAGUAAAAACAACAGCACAGAUGCUGCAGACCUUCGGGACAGACCUAGCAGAGACUGAACUUCCCAAUGAUGUGAAGUGCACGGAGGAGCUCCUCUCAGCCCAUACUGACCACCACAGCAAGCUGAAGGAUGAGCUGAAACUAGCAGUGAAGCAGGGGGCCACCCUACUGACAUGCAUUAGGGAGCCAGUCACCCGAAGCGCCAACAGCAAACUCAGCCCAGAUGAACUGGAAAAUGUGGCAACAGUAGAAAGGUUAUUGGCUCAGUUGGAUGAAACAGAAAAGGCUUUCGAUCAAUUUUGGACCAAGCAUCACCUAAAAUUGGAACAAUGCCUGCAGCUUCGGCACUUUGAACAUGAUUUUAGAGAGGUGAAACUGGUGUUGGAUAAUCUCAUGGAAGCACAAGCAAGUUUUGCUGACAUUGGAGACAGCGUGACUCGAGUGGAGAACUUCUUAAAGGAGCAGAAACAACUGGAAGAGAAAGGACAGGAACCUUUGGAGAAGGCCCAAUCUCUAGCUCUUCAUGGAGAACAGCUCAUCCAAAACAACCAUUAUGCAGUUGACUCCAUUAGACCAAAGUGUGUUGAACUCAGGCGUAUUUGUGAUGACUUUACCAAUGAAACCAAGAAAAAAUAUGAUAUUUUGGGGAAGUCUCUUGAACUGCAUAAGCAGUUAGAUAAGGCAAGCCAGUGGUGCGAAGCUGGAAUCUACCUCUUAGCUUCCCAAGCUGUGGACAAAUGCCAGUCACAAGAGGGAGCUGAAACUGCACUCGUUGAAAUUGAGAAGUUCCUGAUGACAGCUAAGGAACACCAGUUGUCUAACCCUAAAGAGUUCUAUAAUCAGUUUGACAUGAUCCUCACUCCAGAAAUAAAGGCCAAUGCCCAAAGGAUAGUACAGAAACUGGAAGAUGUACAAGAAAUGUUUGACAAGAGGCAAGUGAGUCUGAAGAAGUUGGCAGCCAAACAGACUCGGCCAGUGCAACCCGUUGCCCCACAUCCCGAGUCUUCCCCAAAGCGAGGAUCACCAAAGACGACUAGACCAGCCGGAGUAGCUACCAAUAGGAGGUCUACAGAAAUUUCCUGCCCUCCAAAGUCCAUCUCCGAGGUCGAGUUAUCAAAAAAGAAAAAUGUUAAGAAGACUAAAGGCGGAAUUAAGAUUGAAGUGAUGCAUGAAGCGAGCCAAGGAGGGUCGAGCAGGGUGCUGGUGAUGAGCGAAAGCGAUGAGAACCUGUCGACAAGGAGGAGCUUUGAGGAAGAGACACUGAACAAUGUCCUCUACCACUAA